AUGUCCCAAUUAAAAGAUAUCAGCCCCAAUGCUGAAAUUGUCUCCAAGACGCAGGCUCGUGCCGUCAACGUCGCUGCUGGAGUUGGUCUUAUGAACGUGCUGAAAUCUAAUCUGGGUCCUCGGGGUACUUUGAAACUUUUGGUGGGCGGUGCCGGACAACUCAAACUGACAAAGGACGGCUUGGUUCUACUCAAAGAAAUGCAAAUUCAACAUCCCACUGCUGCCUUGAUUGCCCGAACGGCCACGGCCCAAGAUGAUGUCACGGGAGAUGGAACCACUUCCACAGUGCUCCUGUGCGGUGAACUGAUGCGUCAAGCUGACAAGCACAUUUCUGAAGGUUUGCAUCCUCGCAUCUUGGUGGAAGGUUUUGAGAUGGCGAGAGAAGAAGCCUUGAAAUUUUUGAACGAAGUGAAGGUCGAAAACGAGGAAGAUGUGAUUCAAGAUCGGGAUUUGUUGCAAUCCAUAGCUUUGACUAGUUUGGCGACCAAGUUGGAAUACGAUUUGAGUGUGUCUUUGGCGGAUGCUCUAGUCAGCUGUAUUCAGUGUGUUUACGAAAGUCCAGAUGAGCCAAUUGAUCUGAACCGGGUGGAAGUUCUUUCCAUGACCAGAGCCAAGGAAUCCAGAUUUGUCAAUGGAAUUGUCUUGGAUCACGGCGCCCGCCAUCCGGAUAUGCCAGAGGUCUUGGAAAAUUGUAAGAUUAUGACUUGCAACGUCAGUCUGGAAUACGAAAAGACGGAAACGCAAAGUGGCUUCUUUUAUUCCAACGCUGAAGAACGUGAAAAGUUGGUGGAGAGUGAACGCAAGUGGCUUGAUGAUAGAUGCCGACAAGUCAUUGAAUUCAAGCGUGCCAUGUGCAAGAAGGGAGAGACAUUUGUCAUUAUCAAUCAAAAGGGUGUCGAUCCGCUGUCACUGGAUAUUUUUGCCAAGGAAGGCAUUCUAUGUUUGAGACGCGCCAAGCGAAGAAACAUGGAACGCUUGACAUUGGCCUGUGGCGGAUCUCCCAUUCAUUCCUUGCAAGAUAUGGAAGAAUCCCAAUUGGGCUAUGCCGGCAAGGUCUCCCAAGUCACUCUUGGUGAGGACAAGUACACCUUUGUGGAAGAAUGCGCCAAUGCCAAGUCGUGUACCCUUCUCUUGCAGGGACCAAACGAUCACGCCAUUGCCCAAUCCAAGGAUGCGGUGAAGGAUGGUUUGCGAGCCUUGAAGAAUGCCUUGGAAGACAAGGCCGUCAUUCCAGGUGCUGGGGCUUUUGAAAUUGCCGCUUCGUUGCAUUUGAUGCGAAAAGUAUUGCCUACCGUCAAGGGCAAGUCCAAAUUGGGUAUCCAAGCUUUUGCGGAUGCCCUCUUGAUCCUUCCCAAGACUCUCGCUGAAAACUCUGGACUUGAUGUUCAGGAUACCAUCUUCAAUUUGCAAGAGGAAAGAGAAUCGUCAAAUAUGAUGGUCGGUUUGGACGUCAAGACGGGGGAACCCAUCUUGCCAGCAGACGAAGGAGUUUGGGACAAUGUUCGAGUCAAGAGACAGUCUCUGUAUUUGUCCACUGUCUUGGCCAGUCAACUAUUGCUGGUGGAUGAAGUCAUGCGCGCUGGAAAGCAAAUGGGAAAGCAACCACAAAUGGAAGGCUAA